UCAUUGGUAGAAAUUAAAAAAAAAAAAAUAUCAUCAGGACUAAUGCCGCUUGGAAUAACAAUAGUAUUAAUAGCAGCGUGGGCAAGAUUAACAUUAGGGGCUGACGUUGCAACGGAAAUUGCAAAUACCACUCCUGGCAAUACAAAGGUCGCCCUUGAAGAUUAUCUAGAAAGCCAUAGGCGUCAAUUCGCCGCCCAUUUGGACGACUACAAUAAUCGUAUCGAUGCGCUUCAUAAGUUGUUUGAGAAAAAUUUGGAAACUAUUGAAAUUCAAAAACAAUUGCUAUUAGAUCGGAUACGGCAGGCGGAAGAGCGCUUGUUUCCGUUGGAAUUAUUGAACGAGCAGAGUAAGAAAUGCGUUAGCAAAUAUCGUAACGAUAUGCCAAAUUCCGCGAGAACUCAAGACGAUAUCUCGGAAUGUCUUGACGUGGCUAAAUAUCAAUUACGUGUUAUUGGAACUGAACCGCGAGAAUUACUUAAAACAUUAAAUAACUAUUAUGCAAAUAAUUUUGAGAAAAGUAUCUCAAAUUGUUUGGCGGAAGUUAACACGCCCUAUACCUGCAUUGAAGAGCAAAUUUUUAAUGCCAAUGAGUUUACCGUCGAUCAUAAUUUAAAAUUCGAUGAACAAAUGGAUAAUUCCGAGCAUUACGCUCGAGCACACAUCAAGGCCGCCUUAAAUUGUUCAUUUGUAAUUGAUUUUCAAGCGGUGAUGGCCAUUGCCGAGAUAAAAUUGAAUAUCGAUUUGUGCAUGAAAUCGAACGAUAAUUAUUGCAUGUGCAAACAGGGUCACACUUGCAAUAAUCUGCAACGAGUGCCCCUAAGCGAUUUAAAUUCUGAAAAUAUUACAAUCACAAAUUCAUUAUACGGUACUUCAAACACUUGCUUACUGCUAACAGCAAGUUCGGAAAAAGGAGAUAUGACAAGUACUGAAAGUCCACCAAAAAGUUAAAAAAAUAUUCAUAGAAUGGCUAACAACGGUUCAUAGAUUUUCAUAGAAUUGAUUUAUAUAUAAAAGUAGACAAUGCUGAAGUUGCU